AUGUUGUCCAAGAAAUUCAGUCUGCGAAAGAGAGGCUCCCAUAAAAAGACCCCUUCACACACACCAACUUUCAAUUCAUCAAUAUCGGACGCCCCCAUUGAGGAAGAAGAUGAAAGUCCACUGACUGCGAUCGUGACAUCGUCCUCUCAUCAAACGAUUCCACCGAUUCAGGGACAUCCUGAAAGUGAUCCUGGUCCCCUUGGCCUGAAUGUUGUUUAUACGCCACAAUAUGGCCAUAAGGCAGAUAUCGUCUUUGUCCACGGUCUUGGAGGUAGCAGCCGCUGGACGUGGUCAAAAUCCCGAAAACCCGAGUUGUUCUGGCCUUUGACGUUUCUCCCACUGGAGCCGGAUCUCUGUUUAUCGAGGAUUCUGAGCUUUGGCUACAACGCGAAAUUUCGAAAAUCAGGGAAUGCAAGCACUGUCGUCCUGGAUUUUGCCAAGGAACUGUUGUUCGAUCUCAAACAUGCCAAUGAUAGGCAAAAGGAAAACCUCAAUAUCGGUGCUGUGCCGCUUCUUUUUGUUGUUCACAGCAUGGGAGGACUCAUUGUGAAGGAGUCCACCCAUAUUAGUAACUCAAAGCUCUACAUUUCCGAACUCUCCAGGGAUUCUUUUACUUUGCAGAAGCUUAACGAGCAAUUCCGACACAUCGCUCCAAGACUUGACAUCGUCUCUUUCUAUGAAACACAGCCAACUUCCCUUGGACUCAAAGGCGCUCGUGUGAUGAUUUUGGAGAAGGACUCCUCUGUACUGGGCUAUCCAGGGGAAACUUCGAAGGCCCUAGACGCAGAUCAUCAUAAUGUCUGCAAGUAUGACAGCCCAGGAGAUCCAAAUUACAUCACAGUAAGGAACGUACUCAAGUCAAUAGUGAGCAAGAUUAUCGCAAAAUCUCCUGGGACUCGAUUAAGCAUCACAAAUGAGAGAGGCGUGCGAGAUUUGAAAAUUUCGCUGGCGAUUUCUGAUUUGCCUGACCUGGACUAUCUCUUCUUCCAGGAUCAAUGGACAGAAGGAACUAAUUCAUGGUUUUUGGAGCAAAAGCCAUAUUCAAAAUGGCUUGACAAGACGAACUCGUCCCCUUGUAUACUUUGGGUGACCGGAGGCCCUGCGACUGGAAAAUCCGUCCUUUCCACAUUCGUCAUCAAAAGUCUUUUAACUGAAGGUUCUUGCUGUCAGUAUUUCUUCAUUCGGUUUGCGGACAUGAAAAAGCGUUCUCUGGGCCUUCUGCUUCGCUCUAUCGCCUAUCAAAUCUCGCAAAAUAUUCUCGACUUUCGGACAAAGCUUGCUGAGCUUGCUGAUGAAGGCAUUGAUUUUGAAACAGCCGAUCCAAAAACGAUCUGGGAGCGUGUCUUCAAGUCUAUACUGUUUAGAAUGGACUGUAAAAUUCCGCUCUAUUGGGUCAUAGAUGGAUUAGAUGAAGCAGUCGAUGCCCGAUCCGCUAUGAAACUCUUCCAAGACCUCGGCAUGUCGUCAGUCCCAAUAAAGGUUGCAAUAUUCAGUCGCAAAACCCCAGAUAUCACAACGGCAAUGAAAAAGAUACCAUCCUCAGUACGUCAGGAGACAGUCAGCAUUGAAGGACACCCGGAAGAUAUAUACGCUCAUAUCCGCCAAGAACUGAACCUGUCGGGUACCGAUGACUUUAAAGAGAGGAUCGUGCAGCGUAUAGUUGAAGGCGCACGAAACAAUUUUCUCUGGGUACGGUUGGCCGUCGAGAAGCUGAACUUAUGCCACACAAUUAGUGACGUGGAAACGGCUCUUCAUGAAUUACCAUCUGGAAUGGAAGCACUCUAUGACAGAAUGGGAUUGCUGAUUGCGCAGAAUCCAUCCUCAUCAGGUCGGGCCUUGGCGAUAGCAGUCCUCCAAUGCGUCACUUGCUCUUUCAGGACUCUGACAGUUUCCGAGUUGUCUAUGGCAUUGGGCACAGAAUUCUCUGGCAUGUUGGACUUUCAGCAGUCUAUUGUAGAGCUGUGUGGUGGAUUCAUCAUUGUGGAUAACGGUGGCAACGUUGUCAUAAUUCACCAUUCGGCGCGUGAGUAUUUGAUUAGCGAUGAAAACCGACCAUUCAAGAUCAACUAUGCAGCAGCCAACGAGCAGUUGUUUGAGAACUGUAUGCGUUGUCUUAUGAAGACCGGUCUUCGAGCAAAAGUUAGCCGAGAGGAGAUCCCUGGUUUCCUCGACUACAGUGCUAAUUGGUGGUCUUCACAUCUCCCCUUGGUUUCUGCACAAAGCACAGUAUUCACAACUGUCAACAAGUUUCUAACUAGCCACUGGGUCUUGACGUGGAUUCAUAUCCUGGCGAUCCUGAGGCGGCUGCGGAUUCUUGUUCGCGCCUCGAAAAAUCUUUCCAGAUAUUCUGCUGCAAGGCAGAAGAGCCAAGAUUCAUUGAUAACCGAUAUCAAUUGGUUGGGGGAGCAAAACCUUUUGGAGACGUGGGCAGUUGAUUUGGUCAAAAUCGUGGGGAAGUUCGGUGCUAUUCUCCGGGGCCACCCUGACGCGAUUUACAAAAGCAUUCCCCCUUUCUGUCCCCGUAAUUCUGCAAUAUAUCAACAGUAUGGAAAGGUCGAAGCUAAAACACUGGCGGUGUCUGGAAUUUCAAUACCUGAUUGGGAUGACUACAUCGCUCGUUUGUCAUUUGGCGGAUAUGCGUCAUAUAUCACUGCUGCAGGGCCUCGGGUUGCGGUCAUGGCUUCCUCAGGGAAUGUUCUUGUUUACGAUGCAUCUGAUUUUGAAGAAGCAAUAAUCAACCCAAUAGCACACGGGGAGCGUGUGUAUCGAAUUGCUUUGAAUCGGACAGGGACCCUCAUUGUGACGUACGGUUAUCGAACGACUAAGAUGUGGGAGAUCGCAACAGGGACAUGCAAAUUAUCCGCCCAAAAUCCCGAGUCUCGGCCACGACCUCUUACCAUGCUUUUUAAAAGCAAUGAUAGCAUUCUACUGGUGGGCAGUGAUGACCGACAAAUCAGAGCCCUUGACUUGCUUGAUUCAUCUCCGACUUGGAAACUCGUUGCAGACUUUGAGGAACCCGAGCUGGAAGGACAUUUGUUGAAUUCGUCAAGCUACAUGGCACUGAACAACAAUGGAGAUCUUCUAGCAGUAGCUUACAGGGGACAUCCACUUUCGGCUUGGGAAGUGGACGGACCAGUACACAUCAACCACUGCUGGCGAGCUCGUGAAGUCGUUGCAAGAGGUGAAAUCCUAGAGGCGAUGUGGCACCCGCACAAUGCAGAGUUACUCGGUUUAUAUAUCGAAGGCGUGGUCUUCAAAUGGAAUCCUUAUGAAGGUGAACCCGAAGAACUUGGAACUGGUGCCUCCAGGUUGGCCAUGAGCGCUGAUGGAAGCUUGUUUGCUACUGGUGAUGUACAGGGAACUAUCAAAGUAUACACUACAUCCGAGUUUCGGCUUCUCUACCAGCUCGCAUCGCAAGAUUCCGUCCUUGGGUUGGCAUUUAGUCCCAGCCUUCAUCGAUUUUAUGACAUCCGCGGGUCAUACGGAAAUGUCUGGGAGCCGAAUUCUUUGGUACGGUAUGCAGAACAUCUUGAAAAGGGACCCGAUAGCGACAGUGAAACCGGAAGUCUUGAGCUUGGUUCUAUGGUCCCUUCUAGACUUCCCCGAAGAAUUGACCGAAUCUCCGUUAUCGCUGCAUCGCCCCUUGGCGGACUGUACUGCAGUGGAACAGAAUACGGCAAGGUCCGGUUGUUCCACACACAACAUGGCUUCGUUUGCGAUGUUCAUACCUCCAAAGGCUUUCUCGGUAUUGAACAACUUGUUUGGAGUCAUGACGGUCGUUAUAUUUGUUUCUCUGAUUCAGGGAAAAAUACGUUCGUAUUUUCCAUCCGCCCUCAGAAUACCGACUUCAGCUCGGUUGUGCUGAAUGUCAUCCUUGAAAUGUCGAUGAAAAGCAUCACAACAGGCCCUAUUGUACAACUAUUGUUCGACCCAAGCUCAACAUGGCUUCUGGUUUCAACAUCAUCCUCACUUUGUAUUUUAUCGGUCAAGUCAGGAUCUGUGAUGCACUCGCUAGAAUGGUCACCUGAAGUUCGCAAAUGGUUGGUUCAUCCUCGGAAUCCAGCACUUAUCUUUUGGGUUGGUCCCCAAUCUGUCGGCACAAUGGACUGGGACUUGGCCAACAUGCGGACAUAUCGCAUUGAGUUCCCAGUUCCCACAGACACAAAUUGUGCUUACGAUGACGCAUAUGACACAAGAGCCGUUGACUGUGCCAUCGUCACCCAUGACAGAAGUCGUAUCUUUAUUCAGACUUCGACGGGGAAAUCCCAGAAAGAAAAAGUAUUCUUUUGGUUAUCGACAUCUUCGGUGUCAGAACCUCUACCAGUGGACCACACCUGCAGUGCUGCGGACAGUGUAAUAAGCACUCUGGCCUUUUUAACGCAUGAUUUGUCAUCACGUAUCCUACUCUCCCUAUCGUUUCUGGUACAUGACCGCUUAGUGUUUCUUUCAAAAGACUAUUCGAUAUGCUCCGUGAAGAUCUCGUUCGGCCAUGAGUUAUCAUCAUCUGCCGCCCGUCGCUCUAGUAGUGCCUCGGCUACUUCAAGCAUGACCGCCUCAGACGACAAUCGAAGCUACCAACGCACUGCGCAUGUGUAUGGACUCGAGAAAGAUCUUUUAUGUGUCCAAGAAACGGAGAGGUUGCUGUUGUGA